CUCAGGCCGCCGCGGGGAAGCAGGAGCAGGCUGGGGUUGAUUCAUGUGGGGAGUGCUGGGGAGGGGCUUCGUGGCGGCAGCCUCGGCCCGGCGGAUCGUUUUCCGCGCCGUGCCCGCGGGUCUGGCCUGCUGAAGGGUUCCCUGAAGGGACGGGGUGGCUUGGCCCGUGGGUGCUAGUUGUGUGGUGAACCUUGGCCUGGGGCCUCCUUGCACCUCAUGGGCUGUGGGGCUGCAGCGGGAGAGCGUGCACCGCACUAACCGGGGUACUGGCCCCCUCCUUUGCUGUUUUCAAGGGGUGUAUUGAUUGUCCCAGUUGUCCCUCAGCUGCAGGAGUCUUCACCAUAGCUCACGUUACCAUGGCCACCCACUUCUCCAAGGAUCAGGAGGAGAGAAUCAAGUGUGUUAAGGGGGACCUUUUCUCGUGCCCCCAGACGGACGCAUUGGCUCAUUGCAUCAGCGAGGACUGUCGCAUGGGUGCAGGCAUAGCUGUUCUUUUUAAGAAAAAGUUUGGAGGCGUACAAGAGCUGUUGGAUCAACAAAAGAAGACUGGGGAGGUUGCAGUCCUCCAAAGAGAGGACCGAUACAUUUACUACCUGAUUACAAAGAAGAAAGUUUCUCACAAACCAACGUACGAGAACAUGCGAAAGAGUUUAGAAGCCAUGAAAGCUCACUGUCUAAACAAUGGAGUUACUGACAUUUCCAUGCCUAGGAUUGGAUGUGGACUUGACCGCCUGGAUUGGAAUAAAGUUUCAGCAAUACUUGGGGAAGUGUUUGAAGACACAGAUAUAAAGAUCACAGUUUACACUCUGUGAGCAAAAGAGUUUAAAGAGAGCCCCAUUUCCCUUACUUUCAGGAGUAGAAAACUGUUAACUGAUGAGGGGGGAAACUGCAUGCCAAGCACAUUCUUUGUUUGAGCAUAGCUAGCUCACUCUUGUGUUGGCAACAACAACAGAAAAGCUCCAGUGCAGAUAAUUUGGGAUAUAGUGCUCAGAGAGCCUGUGAAGAAGGCAGGAGUGUUGUAACCCUCGGGGAGAUCCCAGUUUGUCCCAGCAUGCCACCAGAUGUCACUGGUCCUCCACGGAGCACCUGCCUGCGCUAGAGCUUCUACAUAAAGCUUCCAGUUCCUCUGCAGAGUGCAACUGGAGCCGUCUGUUGCUUAGGGAUUUGUUGGUUUGUAGUUACGAUUGAUAAUGAUGAGCUGUGGAGCUCUGUAACUUAAAAAAAAAAAGUUCUGCGAUGUUCAUAUCAGGCAUACAGUUUACUCACUCUGUUUGUUACAGGAUUAAAAAUUUAAUUUCUACCUUCUGGCCACAAAUAGUUUUUUGUUAUGAGAUUGUACUUGCUAGGAAUCAUGCUGUCAACAUUAAAUAAAUAGCUGUUCAGUACUAUGCUGGCAGGUGAGAGCACGGUCCUUUGAAAAACACUUAUGUCUGUGUUGUGGCUGUAUUCUAGAGGACAGCUGAGUGUCGAGGGGGGAAUGCUGGAGAUGUGUAAAGACACCAUGUGGGCGCAUUUUUAUGCUGUAUAAUUGGUGUAGUUUGCAAAACUCUGUUUUCUGAGAAUCCGCAUGUGAAUGGCUUGUGCUGUAAAAAGUCCUAGUAUGGAAUUUAAGGUUCUUUUCCUACUGCGUUUGUAGUUUAGCUUUUACGUGUAGGUUGGUGUUUGUCACCAACAGCAAAAGCAAAUUGGUAACACAGUUCAUCAUGUCAUUGGUCAACACUUGAUUUUUGGAAGCUUAAUUCCAGUGCUGAGGAACUAUCACACAGUCUGCAUUUCCUUUAAGUUUGGUUUUUCCCACCCUCCUUUAAUAACAGAUCUUUUUGACUUCUCUCAUAGUGAGUGCCCAAAAAGAUGCCACGUAUGUUGAAUAAACUUAAAAGAUGGGACAUAACAGUUGAAAAGUUUGUAGCGUAACAUAGGGUUUCUAAUUGGUUUUUUGCUAUGAAUUGAAUGGGUGGAGCGUUUUCUCAGCAUUGUGGGUUAAUCUGUAUUGUGUGGUUUCUUUGCUGAUCCUGUUUGUGUCUUCAAGAACUUCAUAUCAUUACUCUCCCUGUUUGUUGACUAUUCUUUGUAAACUUGUUUUUGGUGAAUUAUUACUGUAGCUAAAUACACAACUGGGAAAAAAAAAUAAACUGAGUAAGACAUACAGGAAUGUGGAGUAUUGAGCUGGUCAAGAGUGGACAUCAGGACUGUUCAGUGAUUUAGUCUUUAUUUAUGUUUGGUUUUUAAAUCGAGUGGUAAAGAGAUGAAAUCCAGAGUGGCUCCACAAAGGUUUUUCUUAAUUGCUGCUUGUUUUUUCUGCCUUGAAAAUUUAUGCCAGGAUUUAGUGCAGCUGACUGAGGUAAGGGAUGGGUGUGGUCAGCAGUUGUAUGUGUGUGUGUGUCUGACACUAUUCAGCCUGUGACAGUGCAGGAGAAACCAAUGUGAACGACUGACUGGAAGAGUGAACCCUGUCUGGCUCCUUUUCUUAACUGAUGACUGUCCCUGUGACCCUUGUUUGUUUUAUAGAGAGAGUGAUAUGCCCAUAUUUCCUCUCUCUGUCUCCUACACUUGUAUGUACUCUUGAAAUUUUUUUGGCAUAUAGUAAUUCUUUCUCAUGCUGCACUUCAGCUAUGAAAUAUUUCAUACAUGGCUGUCCCAGGAUGUCUCACUUGUCAGAUUAAAUUUAGGACCUCUUGCAAAUAGAGAAGGAGGAAUAAACAGUACUAUAGCUUUUUGAAGUGACUUCCAAUUUUAUUUUGCUUUUUUUCCCAGUUUUAUGUCACAAACAUCAUUGAACAAGGGGAAAAGGUAUUUGAUGUAUUUGAAAUCAAGUUCCUAGGACUCCAUUGUAACUUAGAAUAGACCAGUUAGCCCUAAUUUAAAUCACAGCUCUGAUUAUUGAGGAGGAAAGGGGA